UUUUGACAACAAAUGUAGCAGACGACUGUUGUGAAUGGCAAGAUCUUUAUUAUACCUGGAAAACAUGAAGCGAAGUUUAAGUCUGAAGCAUGUAAUAUAUAGUUGUAGAAACCUUUGUUCUAAAAAGAUCAAGGAAAUGAAACCAACGGCAGGGAUUGUGAUAAUUGGAGAUGAAGUCUUGAAGGGCCAAACAUUGGAUACAAAUUCACAUUUUAUAGCAAAAAAGCUGUUUGAUAUUGGAGUAAAGGUGAAAAAGAUUUUGGUUGUUGGAGAUGAUAUAGAUGCAGUAGCAAAUGAAAUAAAGGCACUAUCUGGUGAGUUUACAUAUGUUAUAACAACGGGAGGCAUUGGACCAACACAUGACGAUAUUACAUUUGAAGCAAUUGCAAAAGCAUUUAGUGAAACAACCUAUCCACAUCCAAAGUUAAUUGACAUUUGCAAAAAAUUUUUCAAAACAAGUGAUGAUACAGCUCCUGGAAUGAAGUUAGCGCAUGUACCUAAGUCAGCAAAGCUGAAUUUUGGCUUUGAUGAGUUACGUGGACGUCACACACUCUAUCCUUGUGUGUCUGUGAACAAUGUCUACAUUUUCCCAGGCGUACCAGAACUGUUGGAGAGGCUGUUUACAAUUCUUUACAAGGAUCUGUUUGGUAGUAAAAACAAACAUGCACAUGUGAAAGAACUCUACCUGUCAGCAAAUGAGGUUGCUGUGACCGAGAAACUUAAUCAAGCUGUGAAAUUAUUUCCAAUGGUAUCUUUUGGCUCAUAUCCAAAAUUUUAUCACAGCUAUUACAGUUUACUAGUUACUGUGGAAUCUGACGUAGAAAAGGAUGCUGAGGAGGCUUACAAUAUGCUGAAGUCAUUAUUGGGAGAAGAUAUUAUAGUACCCUAUGACAAGUGCCCACUGGAUGAAACAUAUAGAAAAAUAGAACAAGCAGUGGCCCGUGGAGACAUGGCAACAGUGCGAGAAGCGUUCCGUUAUGUAACAUCAUUAUGUCAAAAGUACAAGCCAGAAGAAGUGUGUCUUUACCUUGAUGGAAGCAAAGCAGCAACUGCACUUCUCCAUAUGCUGUAUGCUUGUAUGAAGGAAGCUCAUUUUGCUGCAAGAGUUGAAGCUAUUUAUGCAGAAGGUGAAAAGUCCAAUGUGGAAGUGAUGAAAUUUAUUAGGGAAUCAGCAAAGAGGUAUGAUGCCAACUUUCAAGUUCUUAAUGGAGAUUUUAACAAGGCCAUGAAAUCACACAUAUCAAAACAUAAAGGACUGAAAAUUCUAGUUGUUGGUUAUUCUCUUGAAGAUGACAUGCAGUACCCAAGGGCAUCAUUUGAAAGUCUACAUGGAAUUGACAUAUCUGCUCCAUUACAAUCAUGUACAUCAUCAGAAAUAUGGAGCUUCAUCCGAUCGUUGUACAUACCAUACUGUGGACUUUAUGACAGAGGGUAUCCCACCGUUAGAAGCAUGAUGGAAGAAGUUCAUCUUACAUCCCAGGAACCUGAAAGAAGUCAUAAUGACGGCAAGAAUAUUCAUCAGUACAAACCUACGAAAACAUCUUUGGAACCAUGAGCUCCACAAAAAUGAACAGUUAGCACUUUAGAAAUUGAGCAUUAGACUUAUGUAACAAAAAUUGUAUAUAUUUCUUCCAUACCAUUUAUUGUUUGAUGUAUUGACUAUUGUUUCUAAAUAAUAAAUAGAUUUUACAUAAGCUGUCCAUUAAUAAGGAAAAUCUUAUCUUUUCUGGACAUAAUGCUGACAAAAAAUGGGACAGUAAUAUAUUUCUGUUACUCAAUAUGAAAAAAAAGUCAGCCAAAUUUUAUACGUGGGCAGAAAUGUUAGUAGCAGCUGUCGUGGUGUGUAAUGUUAGUAUUUUUAAUUUGUUGCUUCAUGUGUAUUUUGUACAGGAUUAUGUCAGAUUUGGAUGGACUCAAUGAACAAUUGUUUUCUAUUUCAGUAGAUGAUAUACCACAGCUAUUAACUCUCUGAGGAGCAUCUUGGAAAUUCUAACUUAAGUGAAGUACAAAUCGACUGCAUAAAAUGUGGUUCUAAUGAUAGUUUUCUCUGACAAUUUUUGAUUGUAACUGAUGUAAAUACAACCAAAGAACAAAGAUAUUUUAACAAAGAUAAAUACAUGUACUUUUUCUUCUGCAGCAAAAAUUCUCAAACUGGCACUGUUCCAUGGGACUGUUAAUGUGUGUUUUCAGAAUAAGUGGACAUGAACUUUUCAGUGAGAGAAAAUAAUGAAAAACAGUUUGAAUUCCAAUGAUGCAGGAUGAUUUAAGAAUAGACCAGAUGGAAGAUAAUUUUCUUCUGAUACACUAGUAAAUUAAGGGUGUCACAUGAGAACUAUUUUCUGUUCCUUAUAGAUUAAAUCGAAGGUACUUAUUUUACUGUAGUGAAGGUGUUGUUGAUACUGUGAUGCCAAAUCCUGACCUCUGCAUUCUAAAGUAAAAUUAUUCAUGUUAUUUUAAAAUUAUUCAUCAUUUUUACCUAUUGUGGCAUUCAAAUAACUAGAAAGUUUAGAAUACAAACUUAUUAUACAUGUUCAAAUGACUUAAGAUGCAUUAUCUGUGUAUCUUUGUAAGUUCUGUAAUACAUUUUUGCAUAUUA